AUGCCCCCAGAACAAUACACCAAUACCUUAGAGGAAAUCCAAAUAAAUUUGGAGAAACUUGAGAAAGGGGUGAUAGAAAUUAAAAAAAGAAAAUAUUUAAGAGAUAAAACUGAUUACGCAAGGGGUGAAGUCAGAACUUUUUUUAAGAACAACCAUAAUCACCGAGAUAGAUAUGAUGCCACAAGAGACGAGAGAUAUGAGGAUAGAUAUAAAAUCAAACAGUAUUAUCGCAAUGAGGGAAGCCCAAGCAGACCUAACAGAUUACUAAAACAGACUACGACACCAAUUCGUAGAAAACUAACACCUAAAUGGAGACAUCUAUCUAGAGGAGGUAAAAGAGGAACACCAAAUAGAAACCUUAGGGAAGAUAAGAGAUCACCAAAACCAGUGGGAAUACCCACACAUAGAGAACAGAUCCCCACGAGGUAUGGAAAUGUAUCUAGGGAUACAAAAGGGACACCAGAUAGGCACUCUAGGGAGAUAAAAAGAUCACCAGAACCAGUGGUAAGGAGGAAAAUACAGACUAGUAGGAGCGAUCAGCAUCCGGUAGAAAGAAUACCAAGGGGGAUAAAUAAUAGAACUGAUUGGGAUAAAAAGAAAAAAAUCCCUACUUAUAACAGAUUUAAUGCCCUCAACACUCAACACAAAGAGGAGGAUUUUUGUGGAGACUACAUGAAGGGCAGAUACAAGGACAACAGACUAGGCUGGGGAACCCCAGGAAAAAGAGGACGGAGUAUAGAGGACGGGGAACUAGAGGAGGAAUUCUUUUACAAAAAAGGAAAAAAAGUCAGAGAAUAA